AUGGACUAUGCAGCUGAAAUGCCUAUAUCCAUGAACCGUCACAAACGCAUAUCGUAUACUGGCGGACUGAAGGCAGUAAUAUGGACUGACGUAUUUCAAGCUGUAGUGAUGUAUACGGGGAUGGCUGCCAUACUUAUAAAGGGCUCUAUAGAUGCAGGCGGUGUCAAGGAGACAUGGAGGAUAGCCAAUGAGAACGGAAGAAUCAACCUAUUCAAUUUUGACCCAGACCCGACGGUUCGCCACACUUUUUGGAAUUUAUUGAUUGGAAGUCUCAUUCAUGGCUUCGGUUUUAUGUUCAACCAAUCGACUAUCCAGCGAAUCAGUGCCACAGCAACCGUUAGGGAUGCCAAAAAGAUGUGGUUUAUCACCGCCCCGGCUUUCCUGAUAACGAUGAGCUGCGCGGCUAUGGAAGGCAUAGUAGUGUACGCCUACUACCAUUCUAGAGGCUGUGACCCUCUUAAGUCAAAACAGAUCUCCAAUCCUAACCAGUUGAUACCAUUUAUGGUAAUGGACAGCUUCCAUUCACUCCCCGGCAUGCCUGGACUCUUUAUUGCUUCACUAUUCAGCGCUUCACUCAGUACUCUGUCGUCCGGACUCAGCAGUAUGUCGGCUCUUCUCUACACUGACAUUAUUAAACCUCAUACAAAGCCGAUGUCUCAAGCCACCAUCAUUGCAAAGUUAGCAGUGGUUUUCUUUGGCGUUCUGGCAGUGGGCGUGGCCUUUCUGAUAUCCUACGUGGGCGGCAACUUAGUACAGAUCGCAAGUACCCUGCUCGCGGCUUUCUCUGGUCCGCUGUCUGGGCUCUUCCUUCUGGGUUGCUUCGUGCCGUUCGCAAAUGCCAAGGGCGCAAUACUGUCGACCGUUCUUUCAAUCGGGCUGACAGCAUGGAUAGCGGCCGGUCAGUUUCUAACCAAAGUGUCCAGGAGAUGGAAGAAACUCCCAUCAGCCCCUACCGAUCAAUGCUUCGUCAACGUCAAUGGCACGCUUGACGUGUUCUCCAACUAUACAACAUCACCGACGGCUUAUGACGCCACCUGGUCCUACGAUGUUACCACUUCCGGUGGAAUAUCCGAAAUACCACGAGCCGAAGGCAUUGCAAGGUUAUACACGAUUUCGUACUUGUGGUUGGGCGUGAUUGGCAUUCUGACUGUCAUCAUAUUCGGAGCUAUCUUCAGUUUAAUGACAGGGCCUGUCAAGCCAGAAGAUGCAAACCCAAUGUACCUGGUGUCGUUGGCGGAUAAACUCAUGUGUUAUCUGCCCUUGUCGAUACGUAAGCGACUCCGACAUGGGAUCGACUACGAACAGGCUGAAAAGUUUCAUGUGGAAGUUGACAAACUCGACGAAUUCGUGUUGAAAACAGAGAAAGAGGGCAUGGAGGUUACAUAUGAUGAACAUCUGCUUUCUCGUUUGAGCGGAAGUGGAUCAGAUGAUAUAAAGUGUACUCUAUGUGAAGAGCCGGACUCAGUAGAACAAUUCGAUACCUGCCAAUGGCGAUACGCAGUUAGAAACUUAUGCUGUUGCAUCAAAUGUAGCCCUGUAAACGACAUUACCCGACAUCCUCUAGUACUCAUCACUGUAAUAGUGUCACAUAGAAAUGUGUCACUGGUACUAGAGACUACCUUUACAUCAGUCACCAUGGUGUCCUCACAUUCCUUUGUUGUUUGGGAUUAUGUUAUAUUUGGUAUAACUAUUGUCAUAUCGAUCAGCAUUGGCUUAUAUCAUGCCUUUGCUGGGGGUAGACAAAAAACAACAUCCGAAUUUCUUGUUGGAAACCGCCGAAUGAAAGUGCUUCCUGUGGCUAUUUCGUUAAUGGUUUCUUUCGAGUCUUCUAUCAUGAUGCUCGGAGUUCCUGCUGAAGUGUACGAAUACGGAAUCCAGUAUGUUUUGCAGUUGAUAAGCUUCCUUAUUGCCACUUCACUAGCAAUCCAUAUCUUGGUGCCUCUUCUUCACCCUCUCAAGAUUACCAGCGCAUACGAGUACCUAGAACUACGAUUUAAGUCCCGGGCUGUUAGACUAACUGGUACAGUACUUGGAAUAACUUCGUAUACGUGCUACAUAGGAAUUGUACUAUUUGGACCAGGAGUAGCCUUGGAGGCGGUGACAGGCUUUCCACAAUGGGUAUCGAUAGUAAUCAUCGCCGCGGCCGCUAUCCUAUACACUUCCAUUGGCGGACUGAAGGCGGUAAUAUGGACAGACGUAUUCCAAGCUGUAGUGAUGUAUACAGGAAUGGCUGCCAUACUUAUAAAGGGCUCUAUAGAUGCAGGCGGUGUCAAGGAGACAUGGAGGAUAGCCAAUGAGAACGGAAGAAUCAACCUAUUCAAUUUUGACCCAGACCCGACGGUUCGCCACACCUUUUGGAAUUUAUUGGUUGGAACUCUCAUUCGAGGCUUCGGUUUCAUGUUCAACCAAUCGACUAUCCAGCGAAUCAGUGCCACAGCAACCGUUAAGGACGCCAAAAAGAUGUUGUUUAUCACCGCCCCGGCGUUCACGAUAACACUCACCUGUGCGGCUAUAGAAGGCAUAGUAGUAUAUGCCUACUACCAUACUAGAGGCUGUGACCCUCUUAAGUCAAAACAGAUCUCCAAUCCUAACCAGUUGAUACCAUUUAUGGUAAUGGACAUCUUCCAUUCACUCCCCGGCAUGCCUGGACUCUUUAUUGCUUCACUAUUCAGCGCUUCACUCAGUACUCUGUCGUCCGGACUCAGCAGUAUGUCGGCUCUUCUCUACACUGACAUUAUUAAACCUCAUACAAAGCCGAUGUCUCAAUUCAAAGCCACCGUCAUCGCAAAGUUAGCAGUGGUUUUCUUCGGCGCUCUGGCAGUGUGCGUGGCCUUUCUGAUAUCCUAUGUGGGCGGUAACUUAGUCCAGAUCACAGGUACCCUGCUCGCGGCUUUCUCUGGUCCGCUGGCUGGCCUCUUUCUUCUGGGUUGCUUCGUGCCGUUCGCAAAUGCCAAGGGUGCAAUACUUUCGGCCUUACUUUCAAUCGGGCUGACAGCAUGGAUAGCGGCCGGUCAGUUUCUAACCAAAGUGUCCAGGAGAUGGAAGAAACUCCCAUCAGCCCCUAUCGAUCAAUGCUUCGUCAACGUCAAUGGCACGCUUGACGUGUUCUCAAACUAUACAACAUCACCGACGGCUUAUGACGCCACCUGGUCCUACGAUGUUACCACUUCCGGUGGAAUAUCCGAAAUACCACCAGCCGAAGGCAUUGCAAAGUUGUACACGAUUUCCUACAUGUGGUUGGGUGUGAUCGGUAUUCUGACUGUCAUCAUAUUCGGAGCUAUCUUCAGUUUAAUGACAGGGCCUGUCAAGCCGGAAGAUGCGAACCCAAUGUACUUGGUGUCGUUUGCGGAUAAACUCAUGUGUUAUCUGCCCUUGUCGAUACGUAAGCGACUCCGAUAUGGAAUCGACUACGAACAGGCUGAAAAGUUUCAUGUGGAAGUUGACAAACUCGACGAAUUCGUGUUGAAGACAGAGAAAGAGGGCAUGGAGGUUACUUAUGAUGAACAUCUGCUUUCUCGUUUGAGCGGAAGUGGAUCAGAUGAUAUAAAGUGUACUCUAUGUGAAGACCCGGACUCAGUAGAACAAUUCGAUACCUGCAAUGGCGAUACGCAGUUAGAAACUGUUAACGAGCAGCUCGCACUUAAACCGGAAGCGGAAAACCGGAAGUAGAAAAGCUGACAGGGGAUGGGAUAUAACCAGACAAAGAGUGAUAUUCCUUUUAUCGCUGAACGGCGUCUAUUAUAAGGCAAACUAAUUAGACAUAAUAAAUCAUUUCAUCAGAACAUGUAUA